UCACGCCCCCCCCCACCCUCUCCCCCCCCACCCUCAACCAGGCCGGGCUGUGAUGGCGGCGCGCUGCGGGAUCGCGGGAGGUCGCGUCGGCUCGUGGUGGAGCAACAGGAGGUACGGCCUCGGCUUCAGGCGCAGCUUCUGCGAGGGCAGCGGCCACUCCGGGGCGCCCCUCACGCAGCCGCUGCCAGGGCUGCCCCUCCCCGUGUAUGCCCAGGUGACGGGCAACGAGACAUAUGACACACACGUCACCACGUUGGGCAACGGCCUCAGGGUCGCGUCGCAGCGCAAGUUCGGCAAGUUCUGCACAGUGGGAGUUUUGGUGAAUUCCGGAUCGCGACACGAAGUUAAAUAUCCCAGCGGAAUCUCCCACUUCUUGGAAAAGCUUGCGUUCUCUUCCACAGCCCGGUAUGGGAGCCGCGAUGAAAUCCUUCACAUGCUGGAAAAGCACGGCGGCAUCUGUGACUGCCAGACCUCCAGGGACACGACGAUGUACGCCGUGUCGGUGGACUCGAGCGGACUGGAGACGGUCGUGAGCCUCCUGUCGGACGUCAUCCUGCAGCCGCGAUUCACAGACGAGGAGUUGGAGAUGACGAAGACAACGAUCGGCUUCGAGCUGGAGGACCUGGCCUUGCGGCCGGACCCGGAGCCGCUCCUCACGGAGAUGAUCCACGCGGCGGCGUUUCGCGAGAACACGGUGGGGCUGGCCCGGUACAGCCCCGCCGAGAGCCUGCCCCUCGUCGACCGCCCCAUGCUGCACGACUUCCUGCGCAGCCACUACUCGCCCGAUCGCAUGGUGCUGGCCGGAGUGGGCGUCGACCACGGCACGCUGGUCCAGUACGCCGAGCGCCACCUGCAGGGCGUGACCCCGGUGUGGGGCGCGGGGAAAGGCGUCGACCCGGACCGCUCGGUGGCACAGUACACGGGCGGACAGGUGAAGGAGGUGAAGGACAUGUCCAACGUGAGCAUGGGCCCCACGCCAAUCCCCGAGCUCACCUACGUCGUCAUCGGCCUGGAGAGCUGCUCCUUCCUGGAGGACGACUUCGUGCCGUUUGCGGUGCUGAACAUGAUGAUGGGGGGCGGCGGCUCCUUCUCAGCUGGGGGGCCCGGCAAGGGCAUGUUCACGCGCCUCUACCUCAACGUGCUCAACAGGUUUCACUGGAUGUACUCGGCCACGUCCUACCACUUCAGCUACGAGGACACCGGCCUCUUCUGCAUCCACGCCAGCGCCGACCCGCGUCAGGUGAAGGAGAUGGUUGAGAUCAUCACUCGGGAGUUUGUGCUGAUGGCAGGAAACGUAGGAGAGGCGGAGCUGGACAGGGCCAAGACACAGCUGCGCUCAAUGCUCAUGAUGAACCUGGAGUCUCGCCCCGUCAUCUUCGAGGACGUGGGACGCCAGGUGCUGUCGACCGGGCAGCGCAAGCUGCCGCACGAGCUCUGCUCGAUGAUCGAGGCUGUGACGGCGCACGACGUGCAGCGCGUGGCGCGCCGCAUGCUCUCCGGAAAGCCGGCCGUGGCGGCGCUGGGCGACCUGUCUGAGCUGCCCCCCUACGAGCAUAUCCAGCAGGCGCUCGCCUCCAAGGAUGGCCGCCUGCCCUACUCCUUCCGCCUCUUCCGGUAGUGGCGGAGAGAGGGAGCUCCGCGGCCCGACCCCGCCGGUGCUGCUCGUGCCCCGCGUGGGACCGGUGGGGGGGCGGUGUGCGGGGAAGCGCCGCUGUCACGUUGGCGCGCACAACGGCACGCUCGCCGGUGAGCGAAAGACGUUUGUUGUUACGGGCGGCGACGGAAACGGGGGCGGGGAAACGGCGGCACGUGGGCCGGACACAGAUCACUCAAUUGGGAUCGUAGGCCGCAGCAAUCAUCACCCUCUGCUGCGAAACGUUGCGGAAGCAACCGCUAUAAGCGGCGUGCGUAGCGAGCCACGACGCAUUGCGUUACCGUGCGUGCGUUUACAGGUUCACAAUUGUUUAGUGCCCCGUGCCGUCGGCUGUCGAGCUUAAAGUGGGGGCGCGCCGCGAAGACCGAGCGAGCUCCAGAGCGUGCCGCAGAGUGAAAGGGUUGAAUCACUGCCACCUGCAGGACGCGCGGAGUGAGAAUGCACGCGGGAAUCGCCAAGGGAUGCGUGCCCUCGUGUGCGUACUAUGGGCGCGGUGAAGAGCGGCGUGUACGCGGCAACGUGGUUUUACACGGCGAUCGAAUGCCGAAGCUGUGCGUACACGAGCGUGUGAAAUCAGCUGGUGAGCCAGCCGAUUUUUUACUGUACACGCACAGAUGUGAUUUUGCUGAGCGCACAGCAGAACUUGUAGGCAUUUGGCUCCCGGACCUGGUUUGGGUUCCCACGCGAUUUAAAUCGUCCACCUUCGGCCCACAAAGGCUUGGCUUGUCGUGAAGGCUUUCGGGCGGCACCUGGGCCUCCGCCUCGUGUUUCCCUCAUCGCGCUUUGAUAUCGUUUUUCUCCCAAACGUAUUCCACUUGUGCUGUUGGACAUCGCGUCAUGGAUUUUACGGGCUUUCCGUUCAGAACUCUUAGUGAGCAGCUGCCUCGCAACCCCCCCGUGUUAGAGAACGGCUCCAGAAGUUGCCGUCGCAGAACGACUUCUCCACCGCUCGGCACAAGGGGUGCCCAAUCACAUGCCCUGCAGUGAGUUUAGCAUGGAACAAAAAAUGCUCAACUUUGCAGAGCAGGAACUACCUUAAAUCAAGUCCGUUCGACUUGGGAAUCAGGUUUCAUCACUGGCGGCUGAAACCGGCAUUCUAUUGUAAUGUUAAAUGAUUAGCUCAUUAAGUUUGGGUCAAUAAUGUUGGUGAAUAAUUUUUUUUAAAAUAUAAUUUUCCUGUUUUUACUGCUUUGUGUGGUACUGCUGGAGCCACCGUGGUUGCUCUGAAGUUGUGUCGUGGCACUGUAAGUGACAUCAUAACAACGCAGCGCGUUCAUUCAGCACGGAGGCUUUCACAGCCAAUGGUACGAGUCACCAUUGACUUUUGCAUUAAGCCCCCCUUCACGAUUCGGCAAAAUGUGUCAUUAGGAACCCACCACCACCACUACUACCCACCCGAUUCCGAAUUUCUGGAUCUUGAUGCAGUCGCAAGCGAAAAACGUCACAUCCUCUUAAGUCGCUGCUGAAACGAUAAGAAUCGGAGCAUUCUUACAAUGCUUGUACACCGUGUGGCAAACAUUUUUUUUGCCUCCGUCAGGUGAUUGGGGGGGGGGGGUAUUACGAUACAGAUUUGGUUAGGUCAUUACGUGGACUAAGGCAAAAAAAGGAAUGACGAAUAAAUUUCAUGUGUUUUGUAACAAACAAUUCCCAUACUCUGUGGGCGAGUUUGCUCGUUUGUUGCUGCAAAGAAAGGAAGUGUUCAGAACGUGAUGCGUUGGUACGGUCACACGGUUGUUAAUGUGUUAAACGAGCAGGCCGACGUGGUGUGGCAGCUGUAAACGUGAAAACAGUGUUUUGUGCGUCACGUUUCCGUUGCGUUAGGGUUUAGUUUUAAGGCUGCAGGAACGUUUGAUUCGAUGUCGGGAUAUUAACGUUGUAGCUCGUGACCUUAUAUUGUACCCACCCAUGGCUACGCGAGUAUUUUUUAUUUUAAAACGUUCUUUCACUGGAAUACAAAGGAGACGGUUACACACAGGAAGCCGUAUUUGCAGCCUGACAUUGGUGCCGAAACGAGUAAAAAAAAGUGGGCCAGACAUCGUGCUUUUGAAGCUGUGCCGCAUCAUCACCGGAGCUCAGCAGCUCGCGAACUUCAAAUCGGCGUGGCUAUCGGCACCAGCUCUUGGGCGAGCGGCGUAGCUAUGGAGUGCGUAUGCAGGCGGUGGCAGUCCACUGAGGCCCAUGGGGUUGAAGGGGCCCAGGUGCCGGGCUAUGAAGGGAGUGGGGGGGGGCCCAUUUAAUUCCUUGAAUCCAGAGCCCAGACUACAAAGUUUAGUCACCCCACUUUACCAAGCAGUACGUGUGUAUAAACAUGUGAGUACAAAGCGUGGAAGAGUAGGCCAAAUGCUCUCGAGCAGGGCUCCCUCUCGCGAUGGGCCCGACGUGCGAUCUCGUGGUCAAACAUGUUUGGGAAUGGCUACUUUUAAAGGAUGAUGUUUGAAACCGUUGGUAAUUGAGUUGUCGCACCAUAUGUAGGUGCGGGGGAAGGAUAAACUAAACACAGAAAUAAGUUCUAAAGAAAUUAGUUUGUCAAUCUAGAUAAUUUAAAAGUCCAUAGUUCCAGUGGGUUCCUAAAAUCGGAAGAGCGUUCCAGAUAACCACAGAAUCGCAUCCGAAAGCGCGAUGUGGCGACUCUUUAAUUGCAGUGUCUGUCGGUUACAAUUUCAUGAAGCGUCGCUGCCGACACGAGCGCUGGCUACCACCAUGCGCCCGUUUGUGCGUUCAGUUUGUGUUGUUGCCAGCACGAUGUGUGUGAUGUACAUGCACGCAAAGCUGUUUUGUGCAGCAUGUGGAGAAAAAUCAACAUUAAAAGGAAAGAAACAC